UAUUAUUAACUCUGUAUAUAAUAACUAUAGGAAAACUGGUGUACAUAAGAAUUCACAAUUUCAAGAGGAGGAUAUAGACAUGACUAACUUUCAUCAAGGAGAGCUAAGUUCCAUGCAUUCCAGAUCAACAGAAGCUGUAACCCUCGUACUGACUGUCGGAGAGACAAAGUUAAAUUAGUACUAAUCCACUGUGACUUUGUGUCAGUUUUUCUGUGUUUACUGUAUACGUACUGCGUAGAUUGAUUAGCAUCGUAUACGUGUGCCAGGGUCUUGUAAUACUAUGUAGAGUUGGAGCCCAGUGCCUGAGACUACUGGCGAGAUACACGAGAUACACGUGUCCUAAGGUAUACACAUGGUUGCCUAGGUGCUGUCGAAAGCAAUGACUGGCAUGGACAAAAAUGGGAAAUGCUGCCACUGUGAUCUGGAACAGUUGUGGAGAAACCAUUGAAACGGGGGAAGAAGCAGGAGGCACACAGACAGCAGCCGACUCUGAACAAGUUCAGACAUAUCAGCCAACUGGUUCACAUACACAGGCAGAGGGAAGUUCAGUUGACUCACCAAAGUGUUUUGUUCACAAAGAACAAAAUCAUAGCAUUGAUACAGUUUCGGAAAUUUCCAGUGAAGAACUAACCGAGUUUGGGGAAUUACUAAACGUCCCAGAGGAAGUUGAGGAAGACACACAGGAAGUCAUACAAACAGUGUCCACUUUUGGCUGUAUUGAGACCUUGCCAACUAUCUGUGAAAGUCACAGAGAGGUCAUCCCAACAGUAACUGAACCAGAGGUCCAGUAUUCUGUCACCUCGGAAACAGAGUAUACAGAAACUGUCCCUCAAGAGGAGGCUGUAGAGGAGACAACAAUCUCCAGAGAAACGAACAACACAGAGGAAUCCUCUGGUAUAGCACCAGAACAACAGACUGUUCCCUCCAAGAUGGAAGCUGUUGAAAAGGUAACUUCGGGAGUACAACUUCCUUCUGACCUCGAUGAAGUAUCUCUCAUGAGUGAAGGUCAAGACCUUGAGGAUGCUCUCAACUUUGACCCCUCCAACUUUGACCCCUCUUCCAUAUCCUCUCUUGUAGAACAAUUACAGGCCCCGCUUGAUGAUGUUGAAAGGCAGGUAAGUACAGAUGAAGUGGAUUUCCAGAACACUAACGGCUCACAGCAUGCAAGUCUGGAAGCUGCUGAUGCCCUGGAGGCAGCCCUUGCAGAAAGUUUGAAUGGCGUUGACUUGGAACCUGUUGACGAAAAACCAAGGGAUGGGGACAACAAGGGAGACGAUCCAAAGGCUAAAAAGGAAAAAACAAAAGAGGAAAAAAAGAGCAAGAAAAAGGAAGACAAAACCAUUGAUCACAUCCUGCGAGCCCUGAGCAGCCUUCACACCACUGAGGAAAAACUGGCAGCUUUGUGUAAGAAGUAUGCUGACCUGCACGAGGAACACCGUGUCCUUCAGACUAGCAAUAAACAGAACACCCGUAAACUGUCCGUGGUGAGUCGUGAGAAGGACCAGCUGCAGUCAGAACAUACGAAGGCUGUGAUGGCUAAGAGUAAGCUGGAGAGUCUAUGUCGCGAGCUUCAGAAACACAACCAGGUCAUUCGGCAAGAAAGUUUACAGCGAGCACGAGAAGAAGAUGAGAAAAGGAAAGAGAUCUCCAAUAAGUUCCAGACGACCAUCACCGAGAUCCAGCAACAGAUGACUGACCACCAUGAACGCAACCAGAAGUUACGUGAGGAGAACCAGGAGCUGGCUGGCAAACUUAAAAAGUUUAUAGAACAGUAUGAGAUGAGAGAAAAGCAAGUGGAGAAGGUGAUGCAGCACAGGGAACUGGAACAGAAGUUAGCGGACGCCAAGCUUGCCCAGUCCAAUGCCAUUCUGAAAGAGGAACAGGAGAGGAACAAGAAAGAGAAAGAACUGUUGGUUCUACAGGCCACAGAGGGACAGAAGAAAGCCACCUUAUUGGAAGCACAACUUGCCAUGUACAAGGAACGUUACGAAGAGUUCCAAUCCACCAUCAACAAGAGUAAUGAAAUGUUCCAGAAAUUCAAAACUGAAAUGGAUAAAAUGACAAAGAGAAUAAAGAAACUGGAAAAAGACGGUGCUCAGUGGAAACAGAAGUGGGAGAACUCAAACAAGGCUUUAAUAGAAAUGGCAGAGGAGAAAACACUAUAUGACAGAGAAAAACCUCUCCUUAUGGGCAAGAUAAAGAAACUGGAAUCGCUGUGUCGUGCCAUGCAAGCAGAACGAUUGGGAAGGAAAGUUUUAGAAGCAUCUUCACUAGAUCCUUCUAAAUUUGAAGAAACUUUGGCAGCGAGUCAGGGGGUAGAGAAACAGAUACAGACUCAGCUCCAUUCCGCCUCCUUACAGCAGGCAUCCCAACCCCAGGAGAGUAGUGAAGGGGGCCGUCCAGACUCACCAGCAAACUCACCCAACUGUGAUAAGGAAGAACCCUCAUCAGCCAGUCAAACAGAUGACACGGAGGAAUCGGGGUCGUCGGAGGAACAAACGGAUCUUCCCAGCCAAUCAAAGGAACCGGUCGAGUCAGAAUCAACCAAUGAGGAGCAAGAAAAAAUAGAGGAGUGGGAAGAUCAGUUGCCAAGUGCAACAUAGCCCAGAUACACAAAACUAACACUUAUUUAUAUUUAAAGCUUUUCUUCCAUUUGUCACAACAGCUGUAAGCAAUUUACAAAGUUCUUUGCAGUUUUUCAAUUAAGAGCCUUCAGUUUGAAUUUGUAUUAAGAGAAAAUAUGACUUUUUGAAACAAUUGAUCAACAACUAAACGUUUUUUUAUGGAACAGAACAAGACGUUAACAGUUUUAAUGAGAUGUCAGCAUUUGUGGAAUUUGUUUGUUGAGAUCAUUUUAUGCUUGAACAAAUAAAAUGGUUUUCGUCAAAA